AAUUAGUGAAUUUGCUGAAUAGUUUGAAGCGUCGUUGUUGACGUGAUGCUCAGACAGGGUUCGAUGUUUCAGUGGCUUCAGUGAAAUCCUCUGGAUGACAGAGUGACUCAGUGCACAGUUAGUUGAAGCUCAUUAACCUCCACUGGGAGGAAGAAUGUGAAGGAAUAAAGAACGCAAGUUAGCCAUUAGCCCACAUGUGUGUUUACACAGCAAGCCUUUCCCAGGUGCUAUACGAUCCCUGGGAUUACAGCAGAAUGGGCUCGGGACACACACACACACACAUCCCCGCCUCCCCCAAAAGAGAGGAGGGCAGACAGCGGGGGAGAGGAGGCGGGAGGCAGAGAUAACAGAUCAGAGGGAAGAAGGAAAAAGGUAAAGAGUGUGUGUGAGUGUGUGCGUGAGUGUGGAGCAGUAGGAAGUCAGACUGACUCCAGGACAGAGGAUCUUCUGGACCCACUCUGGACCUGGACCCCCUCCUGAACCACUUGUUAAUCUAUGACUGAGCUUUAGUUCAGUAGGAGAUGGUGGGACUGUCGUCCACGGCCGUGGAGGCUAUGGAGGUGUUGGUGAGUGAGCUGGGAGUUUUGCUGAAGAUGCUGGACCAGGAGAACCUCAGCUCCUCCACCCAGGAGAAGAAGAGGUUGGUGUGGAACCUCCUGCAGCAGAUGGAACCGUUAGUUCCAGGCAGAGACUUCAUCUACAUGAACACAGCAGUCUACACCAACGGCACCAGCUUUGUGGAGUCUCUCUUUGAGACCUUUGACUGUAAACUGGGAGACCUGAAUGACGUGGUCAACGACAUCAAGGAGGACACAAACAACCAAACCCAACAGAGUUCUGCAGACUCCACAGCCCCACACUUAGCUGACUCUCCUCCCCCUCUGCCCACAACGCCCCCUCCUGAGGAGUAUUACGAGGAGGCGGUGCCCCUCAGUCCGGGCAAGAUGCCCGAGUACAUCAUCAACACGCGAGCUCGGUCCAGCCCCCCCAACUCUAUCGAAAAUGGCUAUGAAGAUGCGGAGAACAGCGACCCCAGCACCUGCAUCACUUCACACCGUAAAAACUCAUACAAUGACUCUGACGCUCUAAGCAGUUCCUACGAGUCUUAUGAGGAGGACGAGGAGGAGAGGAGUCCUGGCAUCAGACUCACCCAUCAGUGGCCUUCAGAGGAGAGCUCCAUGCCCCCUGCCAGAGACUGUCGCAUCUGUGCCUUCCUGCUGCGAAAGAAACGCUUCGGCCAGUGGGCCAAACAGCUGACGGUCAUACGAGAGAACAGACUUCAGUGCUUUAAGAGCUCCAAAGACACCUCUCCUUAUGUGGACAUGCUGCUGCCCCAGUGCACUGUGGUCUAUGCACCCAAGGACAGCAAGAGGAAGCACCACGAGCUGCGCUUCACUCUACCCAACGGUGAUGCACUGGUACUGGCAGUGCAGAGCAAAGAACAGGCCCACAGAUGGAUGGGGGUUGUCAGAGAAGUGUGCGGUCAGAGCUCGGGCCCCGAGGAAUCUGCAUCUCCUGUCAGUCCCAGGAAAACUGAUCUUGACAAGAGGUUAUCAGCUGAGAGGAACACGUCUGACUCUGACAGUGUGGCCGUGUCUGCAGGAGACAACGGCAGAGACAACGGUAAGGUCAAACGAGGAGCUUUCGCUGCGGGCCGUAAAAUCACACGCAUCAUUAGCUUCUCCAAAAAGAAGCCUCCUCGGCCGGGAGACCCUCGAACUUCCUGCAGUGAUCCUGGUCAAGGCUACCUGUCGGUGCUGGUGAAUCAGGUGUGGCGGGAGCAGUGGUGCUGUGUGAACAGAGGUUUCCUGCUUUUCUACCUCGACAAGGCAGACUCCCGCACCUCCCUGCCCUCCCUCCCCCUCCAGGGCUGUGAGGUGGUGCCAGGACUUGGACCCAAACAUCCCUUUGCGUUCCGGAUACUUUGCAACAGCACAGCGGUGGCUGCUCUGGAGGCCAGCAGCUCUGAGGAACUUGGUCAGUGGCUGGGCGUCCUCCUGGCAGAGACGGGCUCGGCCACAGACCCAGAGUCUCUGCACUACGACUACGUUGAUGUGGAAACCAUCGCUAACAUCCGCGACGCAGCCCGUAAUUCUUUUCUGUGGGCCACCUCCUCCAGCGGUGGAGACUCCAGAACCUACGAUGAGGUCCCUCACGAGGAGCUGCAGUCGGGGGAGAACCACAGGCAGCAGUCUGGGAAUCAGGGGAAGUGCCGCUCAAGUUUCUCCAGCAGUGACACGGACAGAACCAAACCUUCAGUGUCACUCAAGAGAAAUGGCUCCAAUGCCAACCAGUAUGGCAGGUAUGGGAAAACACGGGCAGAAGAGGACGCCAGGCACUACCUGAGAGAGAAGGAGGAGCUGGAGAGGGAGAAGGACAGGAUACGGAAUGCACUGGUGACUCUACGGCAGGAGAGGAGGGAGCUGAAGGAGCAGCUGAGGGAGGCCCCAGACUUGAGAAAGUCCUCCCUCAACAAACAGCUGUCUCACCUGGAAGACGCCUGUCGAGCAAAGGAGGCAGAGAGAGUUGACCUGGAGCUCCGCCUCACGCAGGUCAAGGAGAACCUGAAGAAGAGUCAGGCAGGGUGUACACUGGGGGCACCAGUGGAGGCUAAACCCCCACUGAAGCUUUCCAGUAAAAAGAGCCAGAACAUCUACAGUGACUCAUUACCAGUGAACUGUGCCUUAGAAAUGAAGAGGAGGCCGCCAUCUGUGUAUGCUUCCUCAGGAACAGUCAUGCAGAAGGCCAAGGAAUGGGAGUCAAAGAAAGGAACCUAGGAGCAGUGAGGCCCCUCAACCAAACCCAAGGACACGGAAAUAAACUGUAAUAAAAGAAAUCGGCCACUAGGUGGAUGUAAAUCCCACAGGACACUACCUUCAGUCUCCUGAAGAGGACUUCUCCAAAUGUGAGGGACAUAUGGACAUCACCUCAGUCUUUGGUAACUUAAAGUAGAACCAGACCAGAAUUAGGUCGAUCGUUUUGGUUUGUAAAUGAAAGUGAGGAGAAAAGAAACAGAAGGUACAGAAAAGUCACGAUGGGAAGAAGAGACACAGUUACCUCACAGUGUAUGAUGAGUGUGAACUGUGGGGGGGGGCGGGGGCAUGUGCCACAACAUGACUUUACAUCAGUUUCUAAUGCUUUUACAGUCUGAGCCACGACGCUAUAAUCUAAAACUUCAUACUUUUAUUCUUUUAUCGUCGUCUCCUGAGCUCGGUGCCGUCGGUCUGGGGUUCGAUUCUAUAUUUAUUUCUCUGAUUGCACUCAGCAGCAGCUUCUCAGGUCAAAGCUGAAUUGACUUCUAAAUUAUUUAGUCUGAAAACAAAAGUUUCUUCAUCUGCAUACAGUACACCGUAGAGGAGACACGCUCUCUCUCUCCCUCUCUCUCUCCCCCCCUCUUUUUUUUUUGUUUGCUGUUUUUCUUUUGCACUUUAUUCUUCCUCUACCAAAGGAGGAAACUUAUUGAUUUCACAAACUUUUUUUUCUUCAUUAAAUUACCAACAUGUUUUAUCAGCUACUGAUGUUUUAAUUUCUGUUCAGUUUUAAUACGGUCUCAUACAGGUGGACGCCAACACUACAAGAGAACACUUUCACAUCAGUCAUUGAAGAAGGCAGUUCAGUACAGAGAGGUGCGGUGCAGCCCAGGCCAUUUUUAUAAGCAGACAUAAACAUGUAGCUGAAGCAGAAGAACGUUAAUGUUGAAAAUCAACCUGGAGGAACUGUUCCACGGUCGGUUCUGAUCCUGCAGACAGCACAGACUGGUCUUAGGUUCUAGGAUGAGGAGGUAGAGCAGCCGGCGAAUGGAGACGU